CUCCCGCAGCCCGGUCUCCAGCUCCAGCAGCCGCUCCCGCAGGCGCCGCAGCUCCGGCAGGCCCGCGCCGCCUCGCCGCCCGCUCUCCUGCUCGGCCUCCUCGUCCGCCAUCUUCGCACCCCGCUCCGUCGCUUGUGAAAGGAAAGCAGCACAACCUAUUUCUUGCAUGCUGUUGAAAGCUGAGGCGUCUGAUGGAAUGAACGCUAAGAGUUGGAGAGAAAAGAGGCCUUGUGCAGAUGGAUGUGACAAGCUCCAUGCCGCGUGGGGAAGCAUGUGCAGAGGAACCGACAUGGCGCUGGCUCCACGUACAGACACAGUAUAGGUGCACCAGGACAUCUCUGUGCCUCUGAUGAUAAGCUUUGCGUCUCAGCUGAGCUUAGUAAUUCCAGGAAGAUCAUGGAUUGCUACGGGAAGUAUGCAGCUGUCACUUUGACCAUUUUGUCUGUAUUUCUGCAUCUUCUUCAUUCUUUCCCAGAUGGAGAGUUUCUCAUGCAUGGUUGUCCAGAGUGCAAGCUAGGGGAGAACAGAUUCUUUUCAAAACCAGGAGCACCCAUUUACCAGUGCACUGGGUGCUGUUUCUCCCGGGCCUAUCCCACUCCAAUGAGGUCCAAGAAGACCAUGCUCGUGCCAAAGAACAUUACAUCAGAAGCCACAUGCUGUGUAGCAAAGGCUUUCACCAAGAUUACCCUUAAGGACAAUGUGAAGAUAGAGAACCACACAGACUGUCACUGCAGUACCUGCUACUAUCAUAAAUCCUAAAGCCUGUCCCUUUGUUAAUGAUCAAGGACAACGGUGAAUGGAAUAUUUGUUUUUCAGCUUUUAUAGCACUGCUGUGUAAAAUCUUAUAUUUUCUGGUCAAGACACUGAGUAGGCCCUCGGAUAAGAUGGAUGGCUGUUUUAUUUCCUCUUUGCUUCUUCAUGCAUUUAAGUAAGUUUAACUAUUUCUAUUAGGGAUAAAAUAUGGCACUUGCAUGACAACAAAAGGCUCGAUUUAUUUUUAAAAUAAACUGUCAGUUAAAUUAUCAAUGUUUCUUGAGGAAAAAUGAUGAUUUAAUAGCUUAAAACAAAAAAAAAUGCUGAAUUGCUGGAGUUAACUUCUAGAUUUUUUAUUUUUUUAUUUUUGUGGGAGAGGGAAGGAAGGAAGAAAAGAGAGGGAUGGAAUAGUGGGCAGAAAAAGAAACAGUAAUUUCCCCUUAUUCAUUUAGUGAUGUCUGGAUUUUUUUGGAAGACUCAACAUUUUGUUUUUGCUGUAUCUUCUGUUUUUUUUCUUUACCUUGUGGGUAGAAAGCUUAACAGUAGUUCAUCUGUGUAUCUUGCCCUGUCUUUCUGUGCCAUGUUUGAUUUUUCUUUGAAUGAAUCUCCUCCUGUAUAGAUAAAUAGAUGCAGAAUGAUAUGUCAGAAAGAACUGUGCAGUUUGGUUUAGCAACAGUGGAAGAGAGGCAUAGUGCAACUGUAUUAGCUAUUUAAUGUGUGGCUGAGCACCAUGGUAUUGGGCUUUAGUAAUUCCCAAAUGCAAUGUGUCAGACCGAGAUAUACAAAUAGGAAGGCAAGAGGCUGUGUUAGGUCAGAAGUGGACCACAGAAUAUGUAUUCAGAACACAUGACCUUAAAAUUGUAGACAGGGAUUUUAGAGAUAGCAUUUGUUCAGUUGCAGUGGGUUGGAGCAGGGCGUCUGCUUUCAAGUCUGGUGCCUGCCCAUAGGAACUGAAGUAAAUGAAUUCCACUUCUCUUAGACUAAAUAUCUGGGAUGAGAACAUCAGUCCUGCAGUGAUUGCUGGAUGCAAGGAUUUAAAUAUGCUCUCCCAAAAAGCCUCAGAUCAAUUUGUGGGGUAUUUCCCUGCUGCAGGUGCUGUGAGGGUAGCAGUAAGGAUCCAUCGCAGAGUUUCUGAUGGAGAAAGGGGAGGUUGCCUUGGGGUGAGGCUGUGAGGGUGGCUGCUCUGUCCUGGGGUAUGGUCAUGGCUGAUGUCUGCUGCAGUCCUAAGUGACUGCAGUGAUUUAGGCAGACCUCCAGGGCUGAGUUGUGACGGGGCCCUGGAGCAGCCCAGGACUGGCAGAAUCUAAUGAUGGUUUAAAUCCACUAUACACCCACCCUGUCUGUCUACCAGGGUGUAAAUUCACUGCUGUUUUCUAAUACGAUCAUAGGGCUUCGUGGCAAAGAAGAUUUCUCAUAGAACGAGGAGAUCUGAAUCUCAAAGAAAAAUUAUUUAGCUUAUGUCCAGUAAAUCUCAUCAGCCUGAUCCCCAUGCCUUACCCCUUCUGAUUCAGUCUCACCCCCAGAACUACCAGUUUGAUCCAGUCCCAUGUCUUAGCACAGAAUCAGCUGUACUGAGCUGUUCUUGGGAACUGUUUUGCCUAACUUGCUCUCGAGCAAACUUCCAGUGGUUAUUCCUGAAACUGCCAAAGAAACUGACCCUGUUGCUUCACUGUUGUUGCUAUGCCAGAAAAUAUCCCUCUCCUGGAAAGUUGUUUUUUUUUUGUUGUUUUUGGUAAUGUUUUAUCUAUGACUUGUUUGCUUCAAUAUUACUUUUGGUCAAAGGGGAGGUAGUCGAGUAGGGUGGUCUUUAGGAUGAGUUUAAUAACAUCAGCAGAAUACGUUUUCAUAUGGAGUAGUCUAAUUUCUCAUUCUGGAUCAUCGCUCAAGACAUUACGGGAAUACAUGUCAAGCAGCUGCUAAAGCUGACUCACAAUUCCAACCUGUUGUGCGAUUUUAUUAAAUGUGAUUGAUGCAGAUACUUCUGCAGGGGAGCCAGGUCCUGCCUGGGAUUUCCAGGCAACGAGAGAGGAGUCAUCUGAAGCUGCAAGCCAACUGCCUUUGGGAAUGGUAUUGCAUUUUCUCAUAACUUUGACAGGAGUGAGAUGCAGAGCAGGGAAACACGUUCUCUGAAGUCACGGUGGAGAUGUGCCUUUUUGCCCUGCCAAACUUCUCCUUGGAUGGCCUCUUGCUCAAGUGAGCUCCUCUGGCAGCAUUUUUUAGCUUGUCUAUCCAUUCCUGUGCUGUCCACGAUAGCAGGUUGGUGAUGUGAUAAACUUCUGUUUGCAUGUUCUGAAAAAGCUUUCGUAUUUUUCAUUGCAAAACCAUAGAAAUAUUCAGAAACAGCAACAAAUUAGAGUGAGACUCAUACUUUAGAGAAGACACGGGAUGAUGUAGCCCUGAAAAGAUGGUGUAGCCCUGUCUCAUUCUAGGAUGCCUGCUCUAUUUUUCACUCUCGGCGGCCUUUCUCUCCUGCUUGUACAAAACUACUUACUCGUGAACUUCUCAACUCAUGGGUCCCUCUCCCCUCUACAGGGACCUCAUGCAUCAAGGGCUGGCAAAGUGUUUAUUGUGGGGGCGUGUGGAAUGUGCGAGCAUCCACUUCAUUAUCUGGUUAAAGCCCUGCAGUUUAAAGAAACCCCGCAUAACAAGGAGGGUGAUAAAUUAAACAUGCAGAUACACAAACCUAACAGCAGGUGAUAACGGAGACAAUAACAGAAACCAGACCUCUUUCAGCCACUGACUGAUGGACCAUUGCCUCUGCCGUGGAGGGGGUGGUGGUGGUGGCAGUGGUGGUGGUGGCUGUCUGAGCUUUGUGACUGCUGAGGAGGGAACAAGCCUGACCUAAGCACGGGGAGAUAUCUGAGGGAGGCUUGAUGGCGAAAAGCUGUCUAUGGGGUGUCAGGAGGGGCUUGUGGGACUGCGCAAAAUUUAUUGUGGGGUGUUUAUAGGAAGGACUAGAGGUGAAGAAGGGUGGUGGUCAGUCCAGGGUGGACUGGGGAGGAGCAAGCAUGGGAAAACAGAAAGGAGAGCGGUAUCAAAGGGCAGGUCAUCUGUAAGCAAGCUGCCAGUCACUAUGCUUGUCUGACUGAGCCCUCUGCUUUAGCACUGCAGUCUAUCCUAUUAGAUCCUUUACUUAGCUAUUUUUUUCUGUGUAAUCUCACUCACUGUCCUGUGUGUCAGUCCUCCAAGGCCUAAGUGCUAGCAACUGGAGGAAGGACCCAUAGAAAGCAGGCCUUGGUGCCAGCAACUGGAGAGAUCGAUAAUGCAAGAGGUGAGGGUGGCAGCAGCUGGAGGGACCAUGGUGGGUGUUUAUGUGGGAGAGGUCUAAACACCAGCACCUGUCAAUACCCAGCUGUGUU